GUUGCUCCGACGGCUGCAGUACGCGGCGAGACGCGAGCCAGUGUGCCGUGCGCUUUUUUUCCAACGAUAAACGGCGUCGCGCCGAGCGAUUACCGCGCGCAUUCGAUUUCUUUAUUCGCGAACCGCGCGACCCCUUCGCGUCGCGGCGCCUUCCCGAGCGGCGGACGUCGGGUCCCCGAGAGGAGACUCUCCGGAGCGGAUCGGCGACUGGAUCUUCUGGAGUAACUGAAAACGGAAGUGCGACUCGCGGACACGUGCAGCAGCGGGGUCGCUAAGGUCCUCGUGAGCAACCUGCCGACCCAGUUACGAGUAGAGGAUCUGGAGCUGCUACUAUCCAACUACGGCCAGGUCCAAAACAUCGAAAAAGUGCCGUCGCGGGACCCAAACACACAGAGCGUGCUCAUUAGCUAUGAGACGCAGGAGCAAGUACAGCAGGCUGUGAACCAGUUAAAUGGCUACGAUUUCGACGGCAAUCCGCUGAAAGUGGAGAUGUCCUCGGCAGAGAGCCGACGCAGAGGCCGCAGCCAGCGCAGCGGCGGUGUGGCCUUCUCCGGGCUGCCGGGUUCCGGUCGCCAGACCGAUUUCCCGCUGCGCAUCCUUGUUCAGUCCGACAUGGUGGGCGCUAUAAUCGGCCGACAGGGCUCCACCAUACGUCAAAUCACGCAGAUGACGCGCGCCCGGGUUGAUGUGCACCGCAAGGACAAUGUCGGCUCUCUGGAGAAAGCCAUCACCAUCUACGGCAACCCCGAGAAUUGCACCAACGCCUGCAAGAAAAUCCUGGAGGUCAUGCAACAAGAGGCCAACAACACGAAUAAGGGUGAGAUCACUCUGAAGAUCCUCGCACACAACAAUCUCAUCGGUCGAAUCAUCGGUAAGGGCGGUAACACAAUCAAGAGAAUCAUGCAGGACACUGACACAAAGAUCACCGUCAGCAGUAUCAACGACAUCAACAGCUUUAAUCUUGAGCGCAUUAUAACGGUUAAAGGAUCAAUUGAUAACAUGAGCAAAGCCGAGUCCAUGAUCUCCAGCAAGCUGCGUCAGAGCUAUGAAAACGAUUUGCAAGCUAUGGCUCCUCAAAGCAUGAUGUUCCCCGGAUUGCACCCGAUGGCCAUGAUGUCCACCGCCGGCAUGGGCUAUAGCUCUCGUGGACCCGGCCUAUAUGGCUCGGGACCCGCCCCGUAUCCCUACCAGAGCAGCCUGCCUACUCAACAGGGCGUCCCCGCCAGCGAUACCCAGGAGACGACUUUUCUCUACAUUCCCAACAACAGCGUUGGCGCCAUCAUUGGCACCAAGGGCUCUCACAUCCGUAACAUAAUCAGGUUCUCCGGCGCGAGCGUGAAAAUCGCUCCCCUUGAACAAGAUAAGCCGGCUGAGCAACAGACUGAGAGGAAAGUCACCAUCGUCGGCUCCCCAGAAUCUCAGUGGAAGGCUCAAUACUUAAUCUUUGAGAAGAUGCGGGAGGAGGGAUACGUCGCUGGCACUGAAGACGUUAGACUGACUAUCGAGAUCCUCGUUCCCAGUACUCAGGUUGGCCGGAUUAUCGGCAAAGGUGGUCAAAACGUAAGAGAACUACAGCGCGUAACUGGCAGCGUUAUUAAGUUAUCAGAACAGCAAGCGACUCCUCCUUCAGCCGAAGAGGAAACCACAGUUCAUAUAAUUGGUCCCUUCUUCUCCGUUCAGUCGGCACAAAGAAGAAUCCGUGCGAUGGUAUUGCAAUCGGGCACGCCUGGUGGAACUGGUGGUGCUGGCUCACGCGCUGGUCGCGGUAGCAGCCAAGAGGGUGUCUCCCGUUCUAAAAGAGAUGGCAGCGCCACUUCCCAGGGCGGCACGACGACGCAAUCCAGUUCCCAACAGCAGUCUCUCGGCUCGCCAUCGAGCCAACAGCAGCAGCAGCAACAGCCGCAGCCGCCAUCAUCGCCGCAGUAACAUUAACAUCGAUGACACCGACCUGACGCGGACCGACGCCACAAACGCCCAUCCGCUUCAUUCGCCGGAGUGGCCUCGUCGUCGCUUUGACAUUCUCUCUCGUCGAGAGGCUGAGCUUAUCGCAACCUCCUCCUCUCGCGGGGCGCGCGCGACCUUCCCCGACGGGGGAGGGCUUCGAACGAGGGUGCGCGACGCACAGAUCGCGACGGGAAGACGCGCGGCCAAUGUUCUGAGAAUUAACUCGAUCGAGAUUCAAUAACAAAGUUCGCGGACUCUCCGACUCUGCAAGAUGAUCUUAGUAAUAACAGUUUUUUUCCGUGCUCCUUGGUCACGUAGAUCAGUUCUAGGAACGAUCUACGAGUCCUAACUCGACGAGUCAACGGGACUUCUAGGAGUGCUCGGCGAGUCCGCAAUGGAGAGUUAAUUCUGAGAAAUCGAAUGAAGAAUUCUAAUUCCAAAGAUUCUAAUUCCAAGUCUCGACUCGAGUGAGUCAAUAAAGAGUCAACGAGGACCCGGGCCCUCCGUUCGGUUCGAAACGGGUGCGUUUAUCGUGAUCGAUGUUAAUCAUGUGCGAAUGAUUAAUUAAUCUUAGAUAAGGUGUCCUUGUCGACAAUGAGGACGCACACGAUACUACGAAUGAUCAAUCGCAUUGGGAUUCAGUUGAAACGAUUGUGAUUCUCGAGUCAAACGCAAGGCACGAAAUAGUAGGCGAAGUAGAAGGCAAAGUCCGCGACCGAUCGGAGGAGCACCGAGCGUAUACUAUCGAAUCUGGCUUUGUCCAGACAGACACUGCCCAUACGCGAUCGCUGACUCUCACGAUGAACUUCCUGUCCUCGUUGACGAGGACCGUGGCGUUUUCCCCUUCGCUCUACGCGUCGCGCUUGCGUUUCGCGCGCACACUUCCCCGCGAUAGCGACGAAGCGACAACACACAGCCGCGCACGACCCAAUUUCGCAGCGCUAACGAAACCACCGCCGCCGAUGAAAUAGGAUACUUCGACGAGAAACAAACUGAUUUUUAAAAAAUAGAAAAAAAAGAAAAACACAACCUUAUUACCUCAUUGCAUUACGGUUAAAGAUUUAAUACGAUAAAGGAAAGUGAAAUGCGCGGGAGAAGCGAUAAACCGAUUAAUCUAAACUAAAAAAAUGAAAAAGUCUAUCUAAUAUUAAAGUUAUUAAUAAUAUACAGAGAAGUUAAGUGACAAUUACAUAUUAUGUUAUAUCUGUUACUACUACUGCAACUAUUACUAUUAUUACUACCUACUACCUACCUACUAUUAUCGCUAUAUACUAUUUACUUCUUACUAGUACAGGAGGAAAGCGGUUUUUCUUUAAAAAAAAAAAAGGGAAAGCAAAAAAACAAAUCAGGUACAGUUUUUUUAUACACAAUUCUGAGACGUUGAAUGAUAAUACGAGACUUAAAUAAUACCGAAAUAUUCCGUGUAUACCGCGGAACGGCGACCCAUUGCCGGUCGUAAACGUAAGCCAGAAUGCCUCAGGAGGAGAUGAGAAUAGAAGCGACCCCCGCGCCCCAACCCGCCCCUCCUCGCACGUAAUACCAAAGAAGCGACUAUGAAUUAUUUCGUAUUAGUGAAGUGAAAUGCGUCGUGUACGCUAUAUUCAUCUCAAGUUCCUCACCAAAAGCCACGAAAGUGAGAGUAGGAGAAACAGAGAGAAAGAGAGAGAAGGAUCAGAUACGUGAAAGUGGGAGGGGAAAUCGACAAGUAGCCAUCAAGAUGUCGAAGACAACGCCGACAGACAUCAAGUCGCUUGGCACGUGAGUGAUUGAUGACGAAGAAGACGAAAGAAACAAGAACGGGAAGGAAAUUGAGAGAAGAAACGAAAGUCUGAUCGUAUAGUAACCGUCGUAUAGUAAAUAUCGACAUGGAUGCCACGUUUUCAAAGAGCGUUAAAGAAUGUUUCUCGAACACACGGAAAGAAUGAAAAAGCGACUGUCGGUACGCAACGAAUAACAGCGAGAAAGAAAGAAAGAAACAAAAAGGAAGCAAAAGAGAGACGGCGAGCGAAGGAGGGGACGUAAGGGACUAAAAGUGAACCGACAAAACUUUUCAGGGAUUUUUACUUUUACCAUGAAUGUAAUAAUGUGUGAGUGUGCGUGUGUUGAAUAAUAAUUAUUAAUUGAUAAGUAAUUUGAUUACUGAUUAGAAAUUAUAAACGGCGAGGAAAGGCGAAGAAAAAAAGUAAGGAAGAAUCAGGCUUAACGUGAGAGAUAGGCAAGAGAUAGAAAAGGAGAAAAAAGAAAAUACAGGUAUAAGACGGGAGAGCGAGAUGUCGCGACGUUUAAUCGCGACAUUUACUCUCGCCGCGGAUGGUGUGUCGCCGAGACGAGCGUCGAGACGGAGCCUCCGCGAGGCGUCCCCCGGCGAGCCUGCGAACCCCAUAAUUUUUGAAAAUUAUAGCUGUUAGAGGCACGCAGGAUCGGGCGCGGAGAACCGCGGAGCGCAACGAUCUUGAUCUCGCAUCGAUAUCGCGACUUUCAGCACGUGCAAUUCGGUCACUAUUAUAUCUCGUUUCACAGAGCCAGAGAUUCAUUUCAGAAUCGAAGGUAAUUCGAGGAGGUGGGAGAAGAUCGUGGGAUGUGGUUUUGCGUUGUGAAGUCGUUCUUAAACAGUGAUGUAGCGCCCAUCAAAGACAAUAUCGAUUCUUGCUGUACCUGGUAUACUAGUGAUCGAGUCACGCGCCAAGAGUCGCUGUGUCGAGUUCUAAAGACAUUCCGAAGUGACGCUUUUAGAGCGGUAUGGGGGAAAAGAGAAAAAAGAGACAGACAGGAAGAGAGAAAGAGAGAGGUUUCAGACGAUCGAUCGCGCGGCAGGUAGAUGAGGCGGAGGCAGCGAGAAUGCGAUGAAUCAAAUCAGAUUCGAAGUCGAGAAAACCGACCCUGCAGAGCGGUCGUUAAGCAUGACCAAGGAAACAAAUACAACGGACUAAUCAAUCACAGCGCACGGUCUCGCGCCGAUCAGAGCUCGAUUUGUUCUCAAAGAUUUGAACGAACAUGACGAACACCGAUUUCAUUGUUUCGUAUUUACUUGGAUUAUCAAGUAAUUGUUACACGAGUUAUCGUCCGGCAGGAAUGCGGGACGAUAUAUUUCACGAUUGAUUGGCAAUUAUCGAGCUCAUAUCGGCGCGCAACCGAGGCAACACCGGUAUCAGCAUGUGGAACCCCAUCGGGGCAUCUACGUCUGGCGACACGACGGAUCCCACGGAUCCGUCGAUUUACAUUCUCGGCGUUCGGUAUGUGUUUAGUACAAAGAUGCACGAGGUGUUAAGGAUAAAUAAGAUAAUCAAGAUUUAAAAGAGAUAUGGAACGAGAGGUGAAACAUCGUGUGCUUAAUCGAUCUUUAUUCUUUUUUUUUUUCUUUCGGAAAAAGAUCGGAAAUUAAAUUUUUGGAGUGUGCGAAUAUUUCGCGGGUGUUAAUCGAUAAGAGCUCUUUGAAGCGGCAUACGAAGACGCACAUUGUAGCGCAUCUUCGAUUUUAAUUACUAAAUAUGUGCCUAACCGAUUCGCAUUUUGCUUUUUCAAAUCGAUAAUAUCCAAGUAAUAAAAAUGUUAAUUAGUUUUAUUUAUUAUACAAUUUUUGUUUCUUCUAAGUUUUGGAAAAGAAGAUAAACAUUAAUUGAUGUCUGCUUUUAAUUAAUCUAAUUUCAACAUCGAUUAUUGACUCUUGAUUGCAAUUUGAUCGAGUAUAUAUCUUUUUUUUCAAUUCAAUAAAAAGCGGUUUUUAUAAACAUUGGUUAACGUUAACUAUAGUUUAUAACCGACUCUUUAUCGUUUUCUUAAAAAAAUGGGCGUAGAAGCUCGCAGACUCGAUUAAAUGUUUAUCUAUUUCUAGAUCUAAGGCUUAUAGAUGAAACAAGAAUCUUAUAAUAAAAAUUAAAUAUAACACUGACAUUUUUGUGAAUAUAAGAACAAAAUUUAAUUGUUCGAAAGCAAAGCGAGAAUCAGUUACAUAUCGGUUACAGAAUGCGCGACGAAAAUGCGAGUCUUCUAUUCCGCUGCAUCGUGCAAGGAUAAAGCGCCGAAGUAGCACACGAGUAAAGGAGAACAAAGAAAAAAUCGAAAAUAGAAUGAAAGAGGAAAACGAGUCUGAGAACGUAGAUUUAUUUUUGAUACAUUGUUGGGGAGACUCUAAGUGAAUCUUUCUUUUUCAUUUUUUUUGUUAGAUGUUUUUAAUAACUUAAUGAAUUUUUACGAUAUUAAGGUGAGAAAACAAAGAGAGAGUUUUUUUUAAUGUAAGAUAAAAGAAGGAGAGAGAGGAGUGGCAAAAUGAAAUGAUUUUCGCGGGAAAACGGAUAAAUUAACGUUAUAGAGAGAGGAUUAUAAGAGUUAAUCGGGGGGAUGAGGCGCGCAGCUUUUUGCGCUGUGCUCGCUCGCUUUUAGGAGGGGGGGAAAAAGAUUACGACGUGAAGGAGAUUUUUUAGUGGGAUAUAAAUUUGUAUAUUAUAUUUAAUAAUAUAUUUCGAAGAAGUGGCGGCCACGGGUCUGUUUGGCGAGGCCGUCGGCGAGACGGUGCCCGGUCCAGGAACCUCGCAGUUUUAUGCGAGGGACCUCGCCCAGACCCGUGCCACGCGGUUAUUUAUCAAGCGUAAAUAUUUAAAUGAUGAAAGAUGGAGGAAGAAGUAGUGAGAGAGAGAGGGAGAGAUUUGUAUUAAAGCUUGUAAAGAAGAAAGAAGUUGCGAAACGGAAGGAAGUGCCAAGGGACAAGAGAAACACGUUCGCAAAACCAGUACAACACAGCAAUAGAUUGCCGAAUAGAACAAGAUGCAACGGUAUAACAGAGGCAGAAAAUGCAAGAGAACAAUUACAGUGAAGCGCAGAUAAUAAUAAGCAAAGGGAAAGAUGCAGAAUGGGAGGAUAGCAAAUACGGAAUCAAGCCCUCGUUUAUUCUCACGGUCGAUGAAUGAAUCAUUUACGCUACUUCGAGACCAAUGUCAUAUCACGCGUCAUCUUUUUGAUUUCCUUUUUGGCCCGUACUUUCAAAAUUUCGAGUCGAUGAAGGGAGAACAGUCCGGACACUUGUGAGAAGAAGCACGACGCGAAGCGAGACACGCGAAUCGCCCCUAUUACAGAGACCCGUCGUCGCCGAGGAGAGGCCCAUAAGGGAUAUACUUCGUCUGGACCUCGUCGAGUCGGCUUUCAAUGGGUACCAUCGCCCACCCGCCCUCUUUUGGAAUAUCUCUUUCUAAAUUGAAAAAUGAAUGAAGCUUUUGCUCCGGGAAAAAACGCAGCGUCCGAUCAUCUUUAGGAAAGAAACAGACUUUUUUUUGUUAAAGUCAUGUCGCCGAUAUCUGGUGCAAAAAAAUUGGAAUGUUGCUUCAAAGUUAUUCAAACAUUUCUGUAGAUACACAGUGUUCACACGAAUGUGUAUACAAAUUUGGCGAAAAUGUGUAUAUAAAUUAAUCGCUGCGUUUUUCCCGCGGACAGAUUAAUGUGCCCCCGCAUACGAAAACUCACACCUUUCGCUCGUUCAUCGGGUCUUUCAGUUCAGAUACUUUCGUUGCGAUUAAUUUUUUGGAAAAAGUUUUGAAUCAAAAAAUUAAGAGAAAAGAACGAAAAAAAAAAGAGUUGGAAGUUGUACUUUUCAGAAGACAAGCAAACAGUAACAGCCUCUUUGAUCAAGAAGAAGGAAACAUUCGGCCGAUUCCUCAAGCAUUCAGAAAACGCAUUAAAAUUAAAAAAAAAAAGGGAAGACAAAGGGAGAGAGAGAGAGAGACAACCCGCUCGCACGCUCGAGAGAAUGUACAAAUCAAACAAAAUAACAAACGAUGAGAUAGAUAAAAUUAUUAAUAUAAUAAUAACUUAAAAAAGAAAGAAAAUUUUUAACGUUAUAAAUUAUUGCGCGCGCCCGCGAAGCGCACGAAACGUUAGAGGCGAGAAAUAUAACUUAAUCUACUGGUAGAGAUAUCGACAAACAAAUGUACAAAAUCGAUUUAUUGCUAAAUGUUAGUAUUCUAGAGUAUUUUACUGUCGAAAAGCGCGUAAAAAGUGAAAAUUAUACUAAGCUCGGCUAAGAUUGUACUAUUCCGGCAGUUUAAUCUAAAAAUAGGAUAUUUAUGCGAAAAAAACGUAAAAUUUAACGUCAUUCCGCCGAAUGAGAAGGCAGAAAUAUCAUCGUCAUAAAAAAACAACACGCAAUUAGAAGAAUCAAUCAGUAAAGAAAAGUAAAA